AUGCCACUGAGCAAGAGCAACAGCACCAGUGGAAAUAGCAUCAAUGUCCAUAACAACCGCUACUCCGAUGCUCGAAACAUUCCAGUCCCUCUGACUCAGCUAAAUGCGCCAUACCAAAUCCCAGAAUCGUCUUCUUCUUCUGAAUCUUUCUUAACCUCCAGCAUAUCGUCGCCCUUAAGGCCACAAUUGUCUCUACGAGGUCAACAUCAGAACAGUGGGGACAGCCUUCCGUUCGACUUCAACCCCGGCCACGACUUCCCUACAUCCUCCAGCCAUGUCCAUGAUCCAGCAGCUAUCUAUGAACAGAGCUUAUCUCUUCCAGUGAUUGCGAACGACUUGAGUGUCGACCCUGUGGAACUCUGCUCAGGCUUGAAUCCUGACGUCGGCAUGGGCGACGGGCAGUCAGCCUGCUGCGUGCAGAUACUUCCCGAUAUCUUUGGUCUUUCAACCACCGCGGCAGAACUCUCUGCAAUGUCCCCCUCUCAGUUUCUGGGAGACUCAAUCUUACAGUCUAUCCAGCAAGGAGAUAUCGUCUUUUCAAGGUCUUCUGGUCUGACCUCCGAGCCACUUUCGAAGACUACGACAAACAGUAACAGCACCGAAUCGAAAUGCUCGACAGUUUGUAACAGCAUUGAAGAUGGAAGUUCUGCAAUGCUACAGGUGUGGUCCUCGAAUGAAUCUUCUGGAAUGUCGACUUCCGAUUCUGAUGCCUUAGGCCUGGCUUUUUCGCCGUUGUUUGCUCCCAACAGUCACGCCUCACUCGACGAGAACAGGUGUUAA